GAAUUAGUGAGCACCUCCAGUCUCUUCAUAAUAAAAUGUUUUUGCGGCAUUUUGCAGUCGACGCGUAGAUUGCAGAGACAUGGCUUCAGCUAAUACCGAUCUCAAUUGCUACUGAUACACUCGACCGGUUGCUAUGGCUGAGACAUUUUAAUUGUUGUGAAGAUUAUGCACAGCAGUACUAAAGCUUGUAACACAUUUGACUUCUAUUUACACGUGGAUGGCACAAAACACGCGCGAUGCAUUUAUUUAUCUGUUCAUCUCUCUGUCUGCUGAUGCUACGAUGAAGAUUUGUCGAUUUGUCAAUUGUGAAGAACCCGAUGCUAUAUUUAUCAGAAAUCAAAGAAAAACUUUGUCCUUAUUGAAAAUUGAUGACUCGAAUAUCCAAUCUAUCAACACGCUAAAAGUUGGAGAUAUUUGAGGCUGAAUUUUGACAUAAGUAUCGUACAAAGUGUCAGCUUUGACAAAUUUGCUGUUUUCCGAGCGCGACCGCUAAAGAGAGGUGGUGUAGGUGUGCUGAUUAAAUUUUUCGGUUUGGAAAAGUGCGUAUCACCGCUGUAUCCGGUGCCUUUUGUCGAUUAUACCAAGCCGUUAUUGUCGGAAUGAUCGUGACUAUUGAAGCAAGUGCACCGGUUUGCCUAUUUGCUGUAUUGGUAUCAUAUCUACAUAUGUUGAGCUAAAUUAUCACCUGUUUUAUUUUAUUCGCACGUAUUGCUUACUUACAUUCAAACGUAUACACCGAAUUGACUGUGUACUUCCAUUCAAACGACUGCACACUCCACGAGCCGCUCAAUGUGGCACUUGUCGAGAUUCUUGAUGAUUUCAAGCAACACAAACCACGCGUGGUAACUUUUGACCACAACACGCUCAUGCAGUUUUUUACAGGCUUAAAUAUACUCCUGGCGUAUACGCUCUGAUCUUAAACUGAUUGACUGUCGAAAAUUCGGUUGGUGUAAAAUGCACGAUCUUUAAUCGAUAUUUCCUACUGAAUUACGAUCAGAUGAUAGUUUAUCAUGAUGGGUUUUCUUCUUUUUUUUAUCCUCCCUUUACAACAAACCCA